UAAAAAACUAAUUAUUUCACACACAGAAAAUUUUUGCAAAAUUUAUACAAAAUAAAAAUAACCAGUAAAUAAUUGUAAGAAAAACGUGAAAAUGUUAGAAGUUAAAAACGAGGAAAUUAUAGAAAAUGAAGAAGUCCCUAAGGAAGAAGUUGAAACUACAGAAGAAACAACAACGGCGGAGCCCGCCGUGGCAGCACCGGAGCCACCACCACCGCCACAAACUGAACAGAAUAAUAGCGAAGGGACGCUAAAUCCCUUGAAUGAGCAGGAAAACAAUGCCGAUGCCGAAUCGAAAACCAAACACAGGCGUUACUGGACGCCCAAGGAAGAGGAGAAAUUCCAUGAAAUAUGGGGUAGGGAAAAUUGGCGUUUGACCAAACACGGCAAAAAUACAAUAUUCUUUGCCAAAUGGUCGGAUGAGAUGAGGGAACGUUUUAAUAUUGAUGUGAAGCCCGAAGAAGUACAGUGUAAGGUUAAUCAGACAAGGGCCAAGUUUAGGCAAGUUAAAAAGCAUUUGGAAGCGGAUAAAAAUGCUGUCAAAUGGAAAAAAUAUGAUAUUGUGGAGAAAAUCUUAAAGAAUCAAUAUCGUUCCAAAGACGAUGAACCGGUGCCACUGGAGGCUUUGGAAAAUAAUCGAGAUGUUUCGCCUACAGAAUUACAAAACUGUUUUACCCAACCUCCUUCACCCAGCAGUAUAUCUAACAUGUCCACUAUAGCAGAGCAGGGCAUCAAUUUAAGCCAAUCACUUAAUGCCGAUCAUCAGCUAACAGAUGAAGUUAAUAUGAGCAGUGCCUCAUUAUCCGAUCAAAAUCUCUUCUGUAACAAUUCACAAUCCGGCAAUAGUUUCAGCACUGAACUAUUUGGCAGCGAUCAGUUGGAAAUCAAACAAGAAAUCGAAAAUGAUUUAAAAUGUGAGGGAUUCACCGAGUUAUCGGGAUUUAAUGAACAAAGUGCGGAUGCUGUUACAACAGAUGGUUCAAUAAAUAAUACAACUGAUCCACAAAUACACAAUAAUCAAUCACAUUUACAUCAACACUUAACACAACAAACAUUACCUCCACAAGUUCCUCAUGCGGCAGCAACAGAAAAUUCAACAAAUAUGGAAUCUUUACAAAUACAAAGUGCUAAUCCAAAUUCCCUCUUAAUCAAGAACCGGGUUGUACAAAAUCACAAUAACAGCAACAUCAAUAAUGUCGCAGCCGAUAAUAGUAUGGUCAAUUUUACCAAUCAUGCUAAUAUUAAUAACAACAAUUCAGCUAUGCAGCCACCUCGAGCAGUGGCUGUAGCAGCUUCACCCCGUAAACGUAAUCGUUCAUCGUCCAUCAGUACGACCGUUACACCCAUAACAAGUGAAACUUUGGAAACCCUUUACCUGGAGGAGGUGCGUAAAAAGAAUGUUAUACUUGUGGAGCAAGGAGAAAUCAAUCGUAAACGUUUACGUUUAGAGGAGCGUAAAGUCAAGUUAAUGGAGGAGUUUUUCCCCAAAUUCAUGAAUCUACAACAGGAAAUUUUACAGAAAUUGGAGAAUGUAACAAAAACAUCUACAGAUAUAACAAAUUAGAAGAUAACAAGGAAGGAAUAUACAUACCACACAACCAUAAUUUGAUAAAACAAACAAACAAAAGCGAACAAACAAGCGUAAGAUGUAUUAGGACAAAACCUUAACUUUAGUUUAAAUAAGUUUAAAUAAAAUAACAAUUAUAUACAUACAUAAUAACUAUACAGAAACAUAAAUAUUUCGAUAACUAACGAUUAUAAAUCAAGAGAUUUUAUACUCCCUUUAACAAAAUCUUUAUUAAGUAUCAAACAGUUUUUUUUUUAUUUUUAUUAGUAGACAUAUUGUAUUAUACACAACGCUAUAAGUUCUUAUAGCAAAUAUACAUACAUAUGUUAUCGAUUUUAUAAAAAAAAUAUAUAACAAUUUUAUAAACAAUUAUUAGAAGUUUAAACAAAAUCAAUAGUUUUAGCAAAAUAAAACCCAUUUAUAUAAGAUACUAACUGUAAAAGAGAAACAAAGUGAAUAUGUUAUCGAAACCUAUAACGAUAAAAGUAUUUUAAUUAUUGUAAUUAUUGAGAUUUUACACAAAAUUGUUUAAAAUUAUUUAAAUAUCCUUAACGUUUUCGAUAUGUAUUGGUUGACGUACUUGUUAUUUUUAACGGUUUUUGUCGGAUGCUCGGUAAAUGGUUGAAAUGUAAGCGGUUCCAGUGAAAUUCUACAUAUUGCUUUAAAAUAUGUUGAAAAUUUUGGUGAAAAUAAAUUUUGUAAAAAAAUUUUAGGCUGGAGAAAUAAAAUUUUAGUAAAAAAAUCGAGAUAGUCGGGGUUUUUGCUUAUAUCUCAGCCAUUUAUUGGAUUUUUAGAUUUUAAAUAGCAACCUAAAUUAUAUUGAUGUACCAAUCAUGUAUGAAAGUUAUUUGGGGGCUGCGGAAAGUUGAUUUCAACAUAUAGACGUAGAGACGGAUAUGGCUAUAUCGGUUCCAGUGAAAUUGUACAUAUUGCUUUAAAAUAUGUUGAAAAUUUUGGUGAAAAUAAAUUUUGUAAAAAAAUUUUAGGCUGGAGAAAUAAAAUUUUAGUAAAAAAAUCGAGAUAGUCGGGGUUUUUGCUUAUAUCUCAGCCAUUUAUUGGAUUUUUAGAUUUUAAAUAGCAACCUAAAUUAUAUUGAUGUACCAAUCAUGUAUGAAAGUUAUUUGGGGGCUGCGGAAAGUUGAUUUCAACAUAUAGACGUAGAGACGGAUAUGGCUAUAUCGACUCCGCUAUCUAUAACGAUUCAGAAUAUAUUUACUUUAUGGAGUUGCAAAUAUAAAUCCAAAAAUAUUAAUCGGUCUAUUUUUCUUAUCCGACUAUUUUUCUUUAAGGGCAUAGUUCUUAAAAAAUCGUCUACAAAGCAUUGUUAUAUGAACGUAGAUAUUGCUUUAUUCCUGAGAAAUUUUUUUUCGAAAUCGUGGUUGGAGCAUUAUACGUAAUUUCAUUCAACCUGUAUUCUAUAUAUUACAAAUAAAAUUAAUAAUAAAUGAAACAAUAUAAAGACUUGUUAA